ACAGGCGCUGUGCCCCGCUCCAGCCGCGGCAGCCGUUCCUGCCGCCCGGUGCGAGCUCGCAGCCUCCCGCGCCCCGAGAGGCUGCUGGGACGAGCGCGGCGAGCUCCCGGGGACCGGCACGCAGCUCCCGCAGCGCGACGCCUCCGGCAGCAACAGUCGCUGCUGCAUUGCUGAAAAACUAGCUCAAAGCCCGCGGUGGAGGCAAAAUAAAGUCGACAUCGAGACAGAGGUCCAGAGACAGAGAUCCAGCCAGAGAAAAACCGAGCAAAAACACUGUGUGCGGUCUUUACACCCCUUCGCUGCCCACCGGUGACUUCACUGGCCCUGCACCCUAUCUUGCGCCUGCCUGCAAUCGCCAUGACAUCCCCUUGUCCCAACAGCACGCGGGAAAGCAACAACAGCCAAGCGUGCAUGCCCCUGUCCAAAAUGCCUAUUAGCCUGGCUCACGGCAUCAUCCGCUCGACCGUGCUGCUCGUCUUCCUCACGGUCUCCUUCAUUGGCAAUGUAGUGCUGGCGCUGGUGUUGCAGCGCAAGCCGCAGUUGCUGCAGGUGACCAACCGCUUCAUCUUUAACCUCCUCAUCACCGACCUGCUGCAAAUUUCUCUCGUUGCCCCCUGGGUGGUGGCCACCUCUGUGCCUCUCUUCUGGCCCCUUAACAGUCACUUCUGCACAGCCCUGGUUAGCCUCACCCACCUGUUCGCUUUCGCCAGUGUCAACACCAUUGUUGUGGUGUCCAUAGAUCGCUAUCUGUCCAUCAUUCACCCUCUCUCCUACCCAUCCAAGAUGACCCAUCGCCGUGGUUACAUGCUUCUCUAUGGCACCUGGAUCGUGGCCAUCUUGCAGAGCACACCCCCACUCUAUGGCUGGGGUCAGGCUGCCUUUGAUGAGCGCAAUGCCCUCUGCUCCAUGAUCUGGGGAGCCAGCCCGAGCUACACAAUUCUCAGUGUGGUGUCCUUCAUCGUCAUUCCACUGGUUGUCAUGAUUGCCUGCUACUCCGUGGUGUUUGGUGCAGCCCGUCGGCAGCAUGCUCUGCUGUACAACAAGAGCCACAGCUUGGAGGUUCGGGUCAAGGACUGCGUGGAGAAUGAGGAUGAACGGGGAGGAAAGAAGAAGGAUGAGUUCCAGGAUGAGAGCGAGGUCCACGGCCAGGAUGAAGGUGUGGUCAAGGCCAAGGAAGGCAGCGUGGAGGCCAGUGUGGACCCCAUGGAAGCCAAGGACAGCAGCCUGAAGGCCAAGGAAGGAAAUAUGGAGAUCAUUGAGGGUAUCAUGGAGGCCCAGGGCACCGAGUUGGUCAGUGACAGCCGGAUGAAGGGUAAGGAAGUUGGCACCAACGUUGAGGAGGGCAGCAUGAAGGCAGACAAGGGCCGUGUAGAGGUCAGCCAGUGCAACAUCGACUUGGGUGAAGAUGACCUGGAGUUUGGGGAGGAUGACAUCCAUUUCAGUGAGGAUGAUGUCGAAGCAGUGAACAUCCCAGAGAGCCUCCCACCCAGCCGGCGAAACAGCAACAGCCACCCUCCUCUGCCCAGGUGCUAUGAGUGCAAAGCUGCUAAAGUGAUCUUCCUCAUCAUUUUCUCCUACGUGCUAUCUCUGGGGCCCUACUGCUUUCUAGCAGUCCUGGCUGUGUGGGUGGAUGUCCAAACCAAGGUGCCCCAGUGGGUGAUAACCAUAAUAAUCUGGCUCUUCUUUCUGCAGUGCUGUAUCCAUCCCUACAUUUAUGGCUACAUGCACAAGACCAUCAAGAAGGAAAUCCAGGAUAUGCUGAAGAAGUUUUUCUGCAAGGAAAAGCCCCCCAAAGAAGACAGCCACCCAGACCUACCUGGAACCGAAGCUGGCACAGAAGGCAAGAUUGUCCCUUCCCACGAUUCUGCUACUUCGCCUUGAAGUUAGUUGUAAGGCAAAUUUUGAACUGUCCACAAGACAGUAAACAAAAGCAGCUUUCUUUUCAGUGGACCACCCACACUCUCAUUAAUGCUAAUACAUCUCAUUUCAGGCAAAGGUGUCAAACACACAUUCCUUUUCACUACUAGGUAGAUAAACACAUGGAAAAGUGGGAACUUGGGUCAGUGUGCCCCUCAAAGCAUGGACUUGAGGAUUCUGACUGAAAUUCGCCCCCCCCCCAAAAUUAUUAGGCUCUAAAUUUCUAAAAGCAACAAGGGCUAUCCAUAUUGGAACUGUACUUGGUAUUCUGCUUGUGUACCCAGAGCUACAACAUGCCAGCUUUGGCUCUGAGGGGAAAAGAAAGAUGAUGCCUGUGGACUUAAAGACUAUGUAGCCCUCAUGUCAGGAGCUCAUGGACCAGGGCUAGAGUUUAUGUUCAACUGAAAGAAAAGCAAUGGACCAAAUCAUUCGUGGAGCCCAAGAAACAGAAUCUGAUAGACUGAUCAAAGUAUGAGUCAAAUUCGGAAAUGAAGAGAUCCACAAUCUGGUGCAGACUUACACAGAUGAAGACAGAGGCAUUCAGUAGUUGAAACACCAAGAAAGUUUCUAGGUUUCCUAAAGGGAUCCAGAAAAGUGGAAGGGCAUGUAUGAAAUGGGAAGCUAGUCCAAGGAAAUCGAUGGAGAAAUAACACACAUCCACGGGGCCAAACAAAUGGUGUUUUUUCCUCUCUCUCAAAUACUGGGUUUAUACAUGGGCUGGGACUGAAUUCUCUCCAUGCAGAUGAAAAUUUGUCAACUGAAACUAAAAUAUUUUCUCUUGUUUGAAUAAUAGUGGGACAGAAAUCAUGGUGUUAUUUUAUAAUUUCCCUCUCAUGACUAAAUUGGAGUGCUCAUGGGAAUCCACCAGAUCUCUGUCCAUCACUUGUGCUUUGUUUUAUUUCAAAUACACUUUUUGUUCAAUCAGUAUUUCCAGAAAAAUAUUUCAACUAGGAGUAGCCAAAAUUCUUUAAAAAGCUCACACUACUUAUUAAGAACGAAAUGCCCAACAGAAAUCUCUUUUGUGUCUGUGAGUUCAUAGACAAGAAGUAGAAUAAUGUCCACAUGGGGAACAAGUAAGGCAUUUGAACAUUUUCCUUUCUCCAUAUACACCCAUGUCUUUUCAACCUGUGUCCCUCUCCAAAGCUUUUGAGCUCUCUCCAGAUGCAGGAUAAAAAUAUAAGAGAGUCAGAAAUGACAGAGAGAACAGAUUUACAAUACCUGAUCUAUUCCAAACAAUCUGAAAUCAAAGCAUUCUAGUUAGACCUCUCCUAAUUACUGCUGUUGACUUUGGAGAAACCUGUAGAAUAACUACAGAGGGAGAGUUUUCAAGUCCCAAAGGCUGAAAUCACUUUGGGCCAGGGUAUACCUGUGAAUUUUUGAGGGCACAGGACCUAUCUAAAGACCAAAUAUCAUGGAACCAAAAAAAAAAAAUAGUGAUUCGAAGAUGAAAUUAAAGCAGCUCUACAGCCAACUAGCUGGUCAUGAAGAAAUUCAGUGUUAAUAUGGUGGAUGGAGAGGAGGGAAUAUUUGGUCAAAAAAAUGGUUAAACAGGUUGUUGUGUAUAAAGAUGGUCAUAUUCAGAUUUUAGCCUCAUCUUGUGUGAUCACCAUGUCUUUAUUAGAACUCAUCUUUUAAUUGAUAUAAAUGCCCAGCUCAUUUAUAUUUUCUUUUAUCUCUUCCUUCUCACAGAUUCCAACAUGCGCUUCUCAAGGGGGAGAGGUAAACAGCAAUGUAUUUGGGCUGUGAAUAAGUCUGCCUGGAAACUUGGGGUUGUCAUGUUCCGAAUGUAGAAAACAAGAGGGGAUAGGACUGAACAAAAUUGAUCUGACCUGUCAAAUCAAUAUAUUCAUGAAAACCAUAUUAAUUCCAACUCCAUUAACUUAGAACUUGUGGUGAUUCAGACAAUGCACUGGGGCUGAAGUUCACCCUCACACCAUCAUUUAUUUUUCUACCCAAAUUUAUAAAGAAAAUUAAUAGUCAUAAAUUUAUUAUACUAAUUUAUUUCCCAACUCUUGAAUUGACCUGUCCUUAAAAGACAUAGGGUGAAGGAAUGGCUAAUGUGGUCGGUCCUCUCGUGGAGGGAGGGGUAUUGCAGGACUAUAAUCAUCAAAGGAAUCCAAUGUAGCUGCAGCCUGCCUUUUGGGUAGAAAUGGUUGUUUAUCUGAGUAAGAAAAAGAAUUUCAAACAUCAGUAUGUCCUACAUUUUGUUGAAACUGAACUUCUUGUUUUAUUUUUAAAGCUCAACCUUUUCAAAGUGUAUCAGAGAAAAUUGUUUGCUAAAAUCCCAAACCAAAAUGGAACCAGAGCCUGUACAAGUGUGGUAAGUCCAUUUAACAUUCUCCAGAUUGCCGAGACUCACCGGUUCCUUUUAAAGUUCCCUAUUCUAGUCAUCAUCCCUUCUUUUGGCAAAUUGGAUUCUUCAAAGGGUGAAGACCUUUUGAAAAUAGGAAGCUGGGAACGAGUACCUUUGAAUUAAGGAUAUUCUGCUUUGAUGACAUUUUCUUCUUAAUGAACAAUAGGGCCUCUGGUUAGCUUAGAGAUAGCAACUGCUUCAAAUUUUGUGCUAUUUUGAAUAAAGCACGAUCAACUUAAUGAGGUUUUACUGCACAUACUGUUUUGCCAUUUGAAAAUCUGAAAGCACACAAAAAAAUGUCAUCAUUAGCCUCACAGAUCCUCACAUGCAAUAGCUUUUCCUAAAUGUUUUUAAAGGAUGUAUUCUUUUGCCAAGGCCACUUCAUAUGUGCAGUAAAAAAUCCCAUUAAAGUGCGGGGGCCAGACAAGCCAGACUUUGAAAUGAUGUGAUUUUAAAUUUAAUGAUUUCCUUAUUUAAGAAUAAUAGAGCAUCUAGUUUGCCAAGGAGUCGCAGGUGCUUUGACUAACACACCAAUUUCAACAAGCUUGGGAAGGCAGAAAUAAGGAGCAAACCCUCGGCUUCUGUGACUUCUAUGAUGCGAGCGUCCUUCUUCUCUAAGACAUCACAAAUACCAGCUGCUGGCAAGUCCUCAGCACUUCCAGCUCCCUGCCUACCUCUUGCCACCAUGCCCACUGCCUUCUCCUGCUUCACUCUGUUUCCCCCUGCUGUGCUGGCCCUUCAGGAAUACCCCAUGCUUGAAGCUCUGUGUGCUGACUCAUUCUCCCAUCCAUCCCUUCCAAACCUAGAGCUAUGAGAUUCACAGGGACCUGGGGGCCACGGAAGCAGGAAGGAGAGAAGUGAACCAGAGAGUGACCAGCAAUUAAAGGUAUUUUUCUGUCUCCUCCCCAACUCCAAUCCAAUUUAGAGAUGAUGGGAUACCUACUUCAAAUUCAACAGGUAAGGAAAAGUGACAUUGUAUGAUUUAGGAGGAGGUAGGCACCUCAUUUUUUACCAAAAAAAAAACUAUCUGAUACAAAAUAGUUUCAGAAGCACAUUCAAUCCUGUAGAUACUGUCCAAUUAUUUCAGCAAAAAAAAAAGCACUAAAAAACUUUUUUCCUAGAAAAUUAUAAGGUGCCUAACAUUGCCUUAUUUUAUACAUAAUUAGCCAAUUAAGAUAGGUAAAAUUUUCAGAAGAAUUUUUCAUACUACCUGAAGAAUAAUUUACAUGACUGAACUAGGCUUGCUUUCUUAGAUUUUGCCAAAAAGCUCUAUAAAGUGUCUGAAACACACCAUUUAAAGGAGAAAAGAUUAUGCAUCCUCUAGUAAUUUGAACUCCCUAAGAUAAAACCCUCAGGGGUCGUUGGGAUAAAGCAGAGAGUAACAAUUUAACCUACUGGACCAUAUUUUUCUCUGAUAACUGCCCUCCCUCAUAUUUUGAGGGAAAAAAAUCAACCUUAUAAUCUAUUUUCUGUUGUAUUCCUCUUUAAGACAAACCCCAUGUUGUCAGGAGAGCUUUCUCCAAGUAAAACAGUCUUUUCCUUCUAUAGCAGACAAAAGAUUAAAGGAGCAGUUGGCUGCUAGCCAGGUGCCAAGAUAAGGAGAGAAAAUCUGGUCAGUCACAGCUUCUAACCUUCUUCCUCCUUAUCUCUGUCUCUUAUUUUCUGUGGGCUGGACUGGUGCUCUUGGUCCCUGAAAGCCCCUCCAAGCUUAGGCAUGAAAAGACAGAAGCAUGAGCUAGAAAUGGCAGACCAUAGCCUAAAAUCCCCAAAGAAGAGAAACUGUUGCCACAAUUAUGUGCAAUCCUUUAUGGCAAAUGCCCAGCUUGCUUAAUACCAGUCUCCUGCUAUAAGAAAAAAAUUAAUGAAUAAAUAAAAUAAAAAUGGCCAGAGGAAGAAGUAAGAAAGCUAAAACCAACUUGGCCACUGACUGCCAGGUCCCUGGCAAGUUCACUGCUUCUUGGAUCAGAAUCCUCAAGGUAAAUGAAGGUUGCCAAUAGGAGUUAGGUAUUUCCAUCAUUGCCUCCCAAAGCCUCCAUAUCUCAGAGUAUACACACCAAGGGGAAGCCACAUGAACUUGUACAUUUACAGAAGGUUUGCUAUGUCUGAGGAUUAAUUACUGUAUAUUUCUUGUUCUAAAAUAGAUAAAAACAAGAUUGGUUUUAGUUUGGUGCUUCAAACUUGAGUGGAUUUUCCCCCCUUCAUCUGUAUUACAACUUUAAUGUUAAAAGUUUGGUAUUUUUGUCCUGUUUCAGUGGUGUAUUCUCUUUUGUAGUAAUUCUCUUAAAUGUAAGCUAUAACUGUAUAUAAAAUAUAAGUGUUCUUGAAGAUAAGGUGCUAGAUAUUAGAUUGUUUUUGUUCGUAGAUAGUGUUAUUCUCAAAAGUGGGUAGUAUGUACAUGUAAAGUUACUUAACAAAAUGCAUGCAGAAUUCUAUGUGACCACACCUUGGUCAGUUUCUGAAGUAGAACAUAGUACAUUUGUUUUUUAAAUUUUAUUUUCAAAGUGUAUACUACAGGAUAUGUAAGAUGGCUUCAAGGUGGGGUGGCAGGAAAUGGUGCCUUUCAUUCCUUAAAUCCCUGGUACGGUAUAUGGCAGGCAAGAACUUUUUCUGAUACAACUGGUCAUUAACAUGAACGGAUCAUCUUAGCUGAAGUCCUCGCUGGCAGUUCUCCACAACCCCCUUGGCACUGGUAUGCCUGUUUUCCAUUAACUGAAUGUGUAGAAUGCAAAAUCAAAGAAGACAAUACCUUCCCCAUCACAAAGCAAGGACCCCGGAUAAGCAACUGGAGUCCUGUUAGCAGGAUGGAAAGAAUACUGCGCUCUCAAGUCCUAACCAGUAACCAGUACCUGACAGUGAAAUGACAGGAUUUGCAUUUUGCAGAUUCAUUGUGACCAUCUCUGUCCUCCUAGAGCAGCACUAAAACCCAGAAAAAGGCUGCUCUGGUUGUUUUUCCUUUGGUUGGUUGUCUGAGAGACGAGAAGGAGCAUGCAUGGGUAAACAAAGAGGUGGUGGGACUCCUCUGGGGGUCAUAUCUAUGGUGUUCGAGAAUUACAAUUGUAAAUCAAUGCUAUUUGUAACAGAUGAAAAAGAGAACUAUGAAAUAAUUUUAUUAUAUUUUCAGAACAAAAAUAUUGCAAUGAGAAAACUAUAUUAUAUAUAUAUAUAAAAUCUACAUAUAUGUACCCUCAUUAAAUCAUUUUAAAAACUGCCUUUAAUGCCAAAUUUUAUGUGCUACUUUGAGACUGAGAACAGAAAAAAAAAUGCACUCAGUCAAUGAAACAGUUUUCUUUAAUACUUCACAUUUUAAAUUUAAACAUUUCUUUUUCCUUUUAAAAAAGGAUUUGUAAUUUAAAAGUGCCUUUUCAAAGGAUUGUCACAUACAAUCCUGGGGCCAAGUUCCCAUUGGCACAAUUUACCUUCAGGUGCACAAAAGGGGUGGACUUUAUCCUCCUCCCCUCAGCAAGAAGAGAAACCCCUUCACACCCCAAUCAAAUUCAUGAAUCCAUACUGUUACAUGGGCCAGUAGUCCCAGAGACUCUGUCCCAGGGCAAGGUUUCAUAUAUUGGUUGGCUUUAAUUGGAUCUUUUCUAAAAUGGUUACAACGCAGUUUUUACUGGACAAGAAUAACAGACUCCUGCUUGGGGAAUGCAGAGAGGUUGAUGUUUGUGAUUUAACUAAGUAUUAUUAAAUAAUGUUUGUGUUUCUUAAAUAGGUGCUGUUAAUCUGUCCUUGGUAUAUUCUUCUGAAAUAUGCUAAAUAAAGUCAAAUUUUAUGUGUGUA